AUGAAGGUGGGAAAAGUGGAUAAUUUAAGUCAAAAUGUCUUGUCGACGAAAGAAGCGAGCAGUGCUAAUGGCCGAUCAGGCGAGCAAGAAGAACUUUUGUCGUCUGAGAAAAAGAAAUCCGUUGAAUUCCUCAGUAAUCAGUAUGAUCAAGUCCUGAAGGAACUUGACCAGAUAAAAGCUGAAAUAAAAGAAGUAUCGAAGAAGUAUACAGAAAUUUCAAAUGCUAUAGCGGCGAUAGAAGACUAUAGCUUCAAUUACAAUGUGAAAAUAGUUGGUAUGCCUGUAGUCAGCGAGCAUGAAAGAGCUGACGAAACAGUUGAGAUUUGCCUACGUCUAGAUCUAUUUACAGCUCUAGGUGUAAAAGAUAUUUCUCCCUAUGAUAUUUAUAUUGCCCACCGGGUACCAACGAGAAGAAAUUUCCCGAACAAACCUAAUCCAAUCAUUUGUAAAUUUACCAGGCGAAUUUCAAAGGAAAAGGUUAUGGCUGCGCGAAAGAAUGUAUUUAAGAUCUCUCCUAGUGAUGUUGGCUUCCAUGAACAAUUAUCAUUGGAAGGGCUACAACUUUAUGACCACUUAAGUCCUCGGUUGCAAACUCUUUUGCGUGAAGCGAAGUUAUUUAAAGAAGCAAAUGGAUAUAAAAUCUGUUGGGCGAAAAAUG